UCAGUCGCUCGGUGGUUUCCACCUGGGUAUCGUUGCGGUUUGACUGUCAUUAGGUUAUGCGUCACCAUGUCUCACAGCCGUGACGUUCGCGAAGUUCCACAGUUCCAUCGUGCCCAGAAACACACACAGAGCCGAAACCAGAACCAUACCCAAAAUCGGCGAUUCCACGGCAAGUCGGUGACAGUCGCGCGCCCACAGUCAAAGCCAGCGGUUCAACACUCGAUUUUCGCGAGGAGGCGGCAUAUAUCACGUAUAAUAUCGCAUAUAAUAUAUGCACAUAGGUACAUUCAUAUGCAUUUAUGUGUAUAUAGAACAGCUAAUAUUAAAUUAAAGACAAUUGUGGUGGUGAUAAGGGGAGCCUAGUCGCAAGUGGAAAGUAGCCAUGUCAGACGAGCAUUCGAAUGCCAUACGCAGCCUGAGUCCAGAGUUGGCCAAAAAGGCGCACGACGAGCUGGCCGAGGUGCCGGAGAGGAUCGAUGAGGACAUCGAAACGCUGCGCACCUGGAUCUCCAAGCAGCCGCAUCUGAAGGCCAGACAGGAUGCCCAGUUCCUGGUGGCCUUUCUGCGCGGCUGCAAAUACAGUCUGGAGAAGACCAAGCUGAAGUUGGACAACUUCUAUGCCAUGAGGGGAGCGGUGCCAGAGCUCUACAAGAAUCGCCUUGUGGGCGAGAAGCAACUGAGCAUUCUGGAAACAGGCUGCCUGCUUCGAUUGCCACAGCCCUUGAAACCAGAUGGACCUCGCAUCCACAUCUCCCGCUACGGCCAGUACGACUCCAAGAAGUACUCCAUUGCCGAGGUCGUCCAAGUGAACACCAUGAUCGGUGAGAUUCAGAUACGCGAGGACGACAAUGCCAUGAUAUCCGGCUUUUUGGAGAUCAUCGACAUGAAGGGCGUCGGGGCAGGUCACUUGUUCCAGUUCGACGCUGUGCUGGUGAAGAAACUGGCCGUUCUGGGUGACAAGGCCUAUCCCUACAGGCCCAAGGGCUUCCACUUUGUCAACGCUCCCGCCAGCGCCGAAAGGUUUAUGUCCAUUGCCAAGAGUCUGAUGAGUGAGAAGAUACGAAAGCGGUUCCACAUACACUCCAAACUGGAGAGCCUCUACAACUAUGUGCCCAAGGAGUGCCUGCCAGCUGAAUAUGGUGGCAGCAAUGGAACCAUCCAAGAUGUGGUCAGCACAUGGAGGACAAAGCUUCUGGACUACAAGCCAUUCUUCGAGGAGGAGGUGUCCUAUGGCACCGACGAGAAGCUGAGACGAGGACAACCCGUCAAUGCCGAAUCCCUGUUUGGCAUCGAAGGCUCCUUUAGGAAACUGGAUAUCGACUAACAUAGAAACAUUACAUAGCAGAUAGUAAUUUUUAAUCUUUAACUUUGUACAAAUACAAUCAAAACGAAACUAAAUAACUAACAUGAGGAAAA